CAUUACGGUUUUGGAGAAAAAUGAGCUUUCUGAGAUUCUUUUUAAACAGAGGAGUUGCACUACAAUUCUGCUGCAAUUUUACAUGCCACAGAAUGGAGCUUUUAAUGCUUGAAAAAAUGCUAGCAGCCCCUUUAAGCUGUGACUUAAAUGUUAUUGUAAUUGAUUCGUAACUGUAAAUUCCUACAUAUUCUUUUUAAUCUUUUCUUUUAAAAAUGUCAUUUCAGUUUCUCAGAGCAGUAUAUAGUGAAUUUACACAUCAGAUAAGCAGUGCUUCUGUAGCUUGAUGUUUCAAGUAAUAAUUUUUCAUAUACUCUAAAGUAAAAAAGCAAAUUUAAGUGGCAUGGCUGCUAUUACAGAAAGGUUUCUGUUUUGUCAAAACUGUGCUUGGAACUGCAUAAAAUGGAAGGACAGAUGCAAUUCUUGUGCUGUACUUGAGUCAGGUAAGUUUUGUGUGUAACUAUGGGGUUGAAGAGGUUAGGGGUUUGAUGGCAAUUUUUUUGCUCAUGUCACUUGUUUGGCAACUUUCACAUGUGCUGCAAUUCUUUUUAUGGAUUAAUAUGUGGUACUUGGCACUGUGUAAAACAGGACUUUGUCAGCUGCAGAAGGGUGUUUUCCUGUGCUGCUCUUAAGUCCUAGUUUGCAGUUGUGGUAACUGACGUCCUGGUGCUUUUCUGCGGCCACUUCAAGUUUCAAGACUUAACCACACAAAUUAAACUUUUAUUUGGGCAUUCCAGUAUGAACACCAACACAAAAACUGGUUAAACUGGUAUUUGUCUUUAAUGAUGAUUUUUUCUGUUGAUGAAACUAAAUGUCAUAGACCCCACAAAUUCUAGCCUGGUAAAAUAUAUAGGACAGUCCAGUUUUCAAAGGGUAUAGGACACUUUGUUGCUUUUGGGGAACACUAUGAGAGAUGCUCUUUUCUUAAUACGGAGAUUUCAUGCUUUAUAGGUAUAAAUGGUUUUGAGGGAGUUUUCAUUUGGAUACUUUAUAAGCAUUGGUAAUUUUAAAAAUAUAGAUGUAUCUGUGAUUUUUUUUAAUUUUUUUUUUAAAUCUGGUUAUUUUAGCAUUAUAGCAACAGAAAAGGAGCUGAAACCAAGCAAAACCAGUUCUUUUCUUAUCUUCAGUCUAGGCUUUCCUUCAGAGUUCUGCAUUCAGUAAAUCUCAGUGAUUCUGCUUCCAUACAUUUAUUAUUCUCUCUGUAUGUUUAUAUAAAUUACUUGGAGCCACUGCAGUGGCAGAGAGGGCUCUUCUAAGGAUUAGAGUCCAUAACAGAUAUAAUGGGCAAAAUUAAAUGUAUAGGUAUUAAUUAUAACUUCAUUGAAAAUUCUUUGCACAGAAUCUAGAUCUCAUACUAGUAUUGAAAUAAGGUCUAAAAGUCACUAGAAAUGCUCCACGAAUAGUUAAACAUAGUUGCUUUCUAUUUCCUUUGGAGAGUUCAAGCUAUUUAUCUUUUAAUGAGAGUUUCUUUAUAAUAGCAAGAUCCUAAACCAUCUGUUUGGUGGGAUUUAAUAGUUAUAUUAAAUAAAGCUUUAAUAAAAUAUGGAACAGCAUUUGCUGUUCUUUAGUCUUACAGAACUCUUCUCUCUAGAUUGCUGCAGGUGAGAGAGUUUUUUGUGGUUUCAGGUUAAGUUUUCUGUCCACAGGCAUCUCUAAGGAAAAAAAAUAGUGAAUAGCUUCAUGCCUUGAACUGGUAUAUUUUUCUCUUUUUUUUUCUUUUUUUUUUCUUUUUUUGCAAGGCUGCUUUAGCCUAUAGCUUUUACUAAUUGCAGAAAACACUUUUGUUCAACCAGUUGGUUGAGGGAAGAUUGUAUUUUUCAUGAUUUUAAAUCCAGUUUGCUUUUUCUUGUGGUGCAGGAUAGGCAGAAUAAUGGCCUAGAAUGCUGAAGGAUUUUCAUGCCCCCUAGUGGCUCUUCAUCCUCCUCUUCCUCUUUAUUCUCUUCCUCUCUUUGUCCACCUUCUCGCAUGUUCAGUUGUUUCUAACUGUGAAACAAUACCUCAGGUCCCCUGCCUGUUCUUCUUUGCAGACUUGCUAACAUUAUGUAACCAAAUCACAGAAGGCAAAUGAGUAGUGGAAUUUAAAGAAAAAAAUAUUUUUCUUUCUGGUUUUGUAAGCCUGGUUCCCAAGAGUGAGAACCUCAUUCUGGAGUGAGACUUGAAAAGCUGGCUACCCAAAAAGCAGGAGUGGCUCUUGAAAGGACAGAUGAGAGGAAGAAGGCACAAAGGAGAAUUUUGCUUUCCUUGGUCCUAGUCUAGAAGCCCUAGGACAGAGGUUCCCAAGAAGUAAGCCAUGGAGGGAGGACUUUGGAGCAGUUGGAGAUAAUCUGGAAAUACUGUUCUAUCUGUCAUGAAAGUGGACUGUAAGCUCCUGCAGCAAUAAGAGCCAGUGUUACAGUUUUCUACUUUAUGAAGGAUGGGAUGAAUAUGUGCAUGUUUAUGCAAAACACCUUAACCAGACUUAUGAGGUUGCCUUUGAUCAGUGUUGCACUAGUCCAAGGAAAAGCUUUUGGAGGAGGAGCAGAACUUACCACGGCAUGUGAUUUCAGGUUGAUGACACCUGGAAGUGAAAUUCGGUUUGUCCACAAGCACAUGGGUCUGGUGCCAGGCUGGGGAGGAGCUGCCCGGCUGGUGCGGAUCGUGGGCAGUGGGGCAGCCCUGCAGCUGCUGAGCGGGACUGCCCGGGUGGACCCCGAGAAAGCUUUGCGCCUGGGAUUCUCAGAGCAGACCCUGUCAUCUUCAGAUGAAACCAGGGCCUUAGAAGAAGCCCGAGCCUGGCUGAGUCAGUACACAGAGGGUCCAGUCAGUGUGAUACGGGCUAUGAAAAAGGUGGUGACAGCAGGAAGAGAGCUCCCACUGGAAGAUGCCCUAAGGACAGAAAAGGACAUUUUCGGAACUGUAUGGGGUGGGCCUGCCAAUUUACAGGCAUUGGUUAGAAGACCAAAACAUAAAUAAUGGUCAGUGUAUAAGAAAUGUUCUUGACCUUUUUGCAAACAAAGCUUUCACUAAAGCAGGCAUUGAACUUGCAUCAUUUAAGGACUUGCCCAUUUAAAACUGGCAUUAACAUUCCUGCCAUUCACUUCAGUCAUAUUUGGUGUGCAACCACAGAGAAAUCCCUGGCAGAUUCUUUACUGUCCUAAUCACCCACUGAAUGGAGAUUAGUGAAAUUAGUAUGUAAAGGUAAAUAUUGUGCUGAGAAUAGAACUAUAAUUCUUUUGGAAUGAAGCUGAAGAUUAUUUUCUUUGGAGCUAAUUUUUUGUAACUGCUAUGGAAAGUAAUUACUUGAAAGUUAUAAUGUUUAUUUAUUUGCGGAACAGGUGCAUCUAAAGUUGCAAAAUAUGAGUUCCCCAGCAUGAGACCAGUGUCUUUAAGCAGCUUGGAAAGGAUAAUAACCAGUGAGAGGAUAGUUUUUAUUUUUUCAUCUCUACUCAGUUCUUCACUAUCCAAGGAUACUUCAAUUUUAAUGGUGUUUUUACAGAAGAAGCUUUAACUUACUGAGACCUUCUAGCCCUCAUUCACUGACACUGAUUCAGGUUUUUAAAUCCAUUUAGGAGUAUUCUCACUGCUCAAGGAAUCAACUACCUACACAUGCAUCUGCACAUGCCCAUAUCCUGGACCUGUGCAAAGCUGCUGACCUGGUUCUUUACAUAGAAUCUAGUUGAAAUCUUGGAAGGACAUGAUGAAUCAUACUCCCAAAUGGGAUGUCCUUAACUGACUGGGUGUCAGAGUACUUCAGCAUCCUGAUAAGACUUGUGUGUGGAUAUGUCUAUAUCUUUCUUUAGAGCAUUUUUUCUGGUAGGGCAUAUUUGGGCUGAUCAGAAGAUUUGGAACUGGGUUUCCACUUCAUGCCAGUGACUAUUCAAGUAAUUAGAUAACUCAUUGGGGAAGGUUUUAUCUUUAGAAAAUAGAAACUGACAGAGUCCCUGCUUUGGCAGAUGAUUCUUAAAAUUAAACAUCUAUGAGAGCAAAACCAUACAGACAUAUCUAUGACUGAGAGUUUCAUGUACUGUUGGUUAGGAUACUCUUGGCUCUAAAUCCAGCAGAGACUGAGAUCUGAGCCCAGAACCCAAGUACUCCGUGGGAGCAUGUUAACGAGGAAAGUUUGGGCUCUGUGUUUGGCCUGACCAGGCAUAACUAGCUCCAGAUGAUGGAACAAGCUCCCCUAGGAAAGGCAAUUUCGUGGAUGGAAAUCCAUGUUACAAUUUCCACAGUGUGGCACGAUUCCUGAGUUUUAGACAGUGAGGUAACUACAUGUUUGAGGAUUUGGGGACAAAUCAGUGAUGGGAAUUUGGCUUGGAUUGCCUGUUAAGAUUCUGCAGGUUUUGAGCAGAUGCUGUGAUCUGCUAGGGAUGUUUCACUAUAUGGUUUUCACAGCAAGGAGCCCGAAGCAAUGAAGAGAAAUGCUGAAGAAAGGGAUGUGUUUUGAGAUGGCACCUCAGGGAAGAUAAGGAACUUGCCUCCACCCUGUAGAUCCUGCAUCUUUGCCUUAAUAUCUGAAGCACUGAUGGAGAAUGAUUUCAAAUGUCUCUUCCCCAAAAACAAAGUUCAAUUUUUACUUUCAGGUCAGAGAAGAGACAGGAAUGAGAACAUGGGGAGACAGUGUUCUGGUUUGUGCCUCUUUCUCCCCCUGCCCCUUUUUAUUCAAUAGCUCAGUUGUUAGUCCCCUGUGUAGCUGGAUUCUUUCCUGUGCCUUAAAGGACUUCAAACCCAUUACUUCACAGGUAUGAAUGUUUUAAUAUAGUCCGGCUGCACUUGACUGUUUAGAAAUGAAACUGUUCUGCUUUUCAUGGAGUUCCUCAAGACUCAUGAGAGACUCCAGACUGCCAGCAUCACUGAACCUUCAAAGCAUGCUCCAGUCCAUACUCAUCCAGCUUUUUGUAGCAAUAGCACAUCACGUUGAUGUGAGUCAAAAUAAAUGUGCUUUAAAGGGCAACUGGUUAUGUCUUUGCUAGUAGCAAGAACAGAUUUGCAAAUACUGAUACCCUAAUGACAUUUUUUUAAUGGGUGUGAAAAUUGCUUAGAACCUGAGCAAGACUCUUGAUUUUUUUUUUCUUUAGUACAUUAGGCUCAUAAAUGUAUUGUGUACUGGGUAAUACAAAUGUGAAAAGGAGGAAAUUGUAGCAAAAAAGCAGAAUUUGGUUUCCUUCACACUUUGAAUCAGAUCUGUGCUGCCAGUAAGUGAAACUCAGUAUGUACACCUAUUGGGGAUCUCUUUCCAUUUUGAUUUGUAGACAAUGAGCUUAUUUCUCAUUUCAGCAAAUGCAUUUCCCCAGCCACCCUCUCUGACUUGUAUCAAAGGUCAACAUUUGCUUCUAAGAAAACAGGACAAAUAUUUAACUAGUACAGAGCAAGACACACUCAGACAGAAAGGGUUAUGGAAACUCAUUUUGUUGAUAUCAUAAAUAUACCAAACAUAGGUACGGGACAUUCUGAAGAUAAUUACAGGUCUUGAUCAAGGAUUUUGUGAGUACUCUAAUACCAUAUUCUCUGGUCUAUUUUCUAUUUGAAAAGGUAUUUUAGAGCCCUUCACGUGAAAACCAGCCCAAGUAAACUACCAUGAGUGCUAGGAUGAGAGCUCCAGAUGGAGAUGAAAUGGAAUCCUGUUUUCCCCCUUUGAAAGCUAAAUGCUUUAUUUCAUAGAAUACUUGCUUAUCAUCUUAAAGUGACAAAUACCUGUAACCAGCAGCUGAUAAGCAUUUGUAUUUUCUUUAUUAAAAGACUACGGAGCUUCCUCUCA